AUGGGGUCUUCCGCUACGUCCCUCCUGUUCGUCGCCGCGCUUCUUGUCGUGCAGAGCGUGUUCGUGGGCAGCCUGUUUCUGCCGUUCGGUGGCAUCGCGUCCGCUGCGAACGGCAUCAUCGGCUUCAAGAUCUCCAUGGCCGGUUCUUUGUUGUCCAUGCUCAGCCAAGCAUUCACCGGUACGUUCAACCUCAGGGCCGGCACUGACUUCGUGGAUUCUCCGUCCGAAGAGCUCAGCGGACGGAGUGGUCUUCUCGGCCCCGACGGGAUGACUACAACCACCGAGAAGACGGAAAUUAAGGUUCCUGUGUCGGCGCUCCAAAACGUACUCAACGUGGACGAUGAGCGGAAGCGCCAGCUAGACCUGCUAUUCACCUUCCUGAAGGAGAUCGACGACCGAGGGUGCGUCUCCCGCAUGGUUUGCGAGAGCGUCGCCGACGCAAUACGCUUCGGCAAAGUGGGUAACGCGACCAAGAAUUUCUUCAGCACCAACGUUGGUGUCGACACUGGAGCCGCCUCGGUGUUUGUCGACGCCGCCAAGACUGGCCGAUCGCGAGGCAUCGCCGGAUGUGCGCAGGCCUUCCCAGAGUGCAAUGCCAACCUCCCUCACAUCCUCACGGCUGCCGGAUUGAUGUAGACCCUGAUUCCUGAG